AUGGAGAUUAUACAACAUCAUAGGUCAACUACUGUUAGCAUAUUUGGGAUGAUUUCAUCUGAAAGCACAAUCAAAAUAGAAAAACAACAAAUCUCAGAAAAGAGCUCAGCCACCAAACCCGUAGAGAGUACGGCCCUGCCUCUUGAGAGCAUAGACCACAUCCAUGGCGGUCACAGUCUUCCUCCUAGCGUGCUCGGUGUACGUCACAGCAUCUCUGAUGACGUUCUCAAGGAAUAUCUUGAGGACCCCCCUCGUCUCCUCGUAGAUCAGCCCGCUGAUCCUCUUGACUCCGCCUCUCCUUGCCAGGCGACGGAUCGCCGGCUUCGUGAUGCCCUGGAUGUUGUCCCGGAGAACCUUGCGGUGCCUCUUUGCUCCGCCCUUGCCCAGCCCCUUGCCUCCCUUGCCACGGCCAGACAUUUUCAGUAG